AUGCCCUCUGCAGCUUUAUUAGUAAAUCUUCUCUCAGCUUUACUCAUGCCCUUUGUGCUGGGAGAAACAGAAGUAAGAUUUGCUGGACAAACAGAAUUUGUUGUCAACGAAACCAGUACAACCGUUAUUCGUCUUGGAAUUGAAAGGGUCGGAAAACCCGCAAAUGCCACUGCAAUUGUAUCGCUGUCUGGCGAAGACACUGGAGACUUUUUUGACACAUAUGCUGCAGCUUUUAUACCCGCUGGACUAACAAACAGGACAGUGUACAUAGCCGUAUGUGAUGACGACCUGCCAGAGCCGGAUGAAACUUUCACUUUUCACCUAACAUUACAAAAUCCCUCAGCAAAUGUGAAGCUUGGAUGGCCAAGGACUGUUACUAUAACAAUAUUAUCAAAUGACAAUGCCUUUGGAAUCAUUUCAUUUAAUAUGCCUCCCUCAGUCACUGUGAGGGAGCCCAGAGGCAGAACCGAGUCUGUGCCUCUCACUCUGAUUAGGGAAAAAGGAACCUAUGGCACAGUCGCUGUGGCUUUUGAGGUAGAAGGUGGCCCAAAUCCACCUGAAGAAGAUUUGAGUCCAGUUAGAGGAAAUAUCACUUUCCUCCCUGGCAGAGCAACCGUAAUUUAUAACUUGACAGUACUUGAUGAUGAGGUACCUGAAAAUGAUGAAAUGUUUUUAAUUCAGCUGAAAAGUUUAGAAGGAGGAGCUGAGAUCAACAGCUCUAGGAGCUCAGUUGCAAUCAUCAUUAAGAAAAAUGACAGUCCUGUACGAUUUACUCAGAGCAUUUUUAUGGUUCCUGAGGAAGAUCAUAUUCUCCUAAUUCCUAUAGUUCGUGGAAAGGAUGAUAGUGGGCAUCUGAUUGGGUCUGAUGCGUAUGACGUUUCCAUCAGUUAUGCUGUUAUAACUGGGAACUCAACAGCACACGCCCAGCAAAAUGUAGACUUCAUUGAUCUUCAGCCACACACAACUAUUGUUUUUCCACCUUUGGUUCAUGAAUCACACCUAAAAUUUCAAAUCAUUGAUGACUCUAUCCCAGAGAUUGCUGAAUCCUUUCACGUCAUGCUGCUGAAGGACUCCUUACGAGGAGAUGCUGUGCUGUUAGGCCCUUCUGUUGUGCAAGUCACCAUUAAGCCUAAUGACAAGCCUUAUGGUGUUCUCUCAUUCAACAGUAUCUUGUUUGAAAGGACAGUUAUAGUAGAUGAAGAUACAGCCACGAGAUUCCAGGAAGUCACGGUGGUCAGGAACGGUGGCACCCAUGGCAAUGUUUCUGUGAGCUGGCUGUUGACACGAAAUAGCAGCGACCCCUCGCCUGUCACGGCAGAUAUCAGACCAAGCUCUGGAGUUCUGCAUUUUGCCCAAGGGCAGAUGACUGCGCCAAUUCCUCUGACGAUCGUGAAUGAUGAUCUCCCCGAGGAGGCCGAAGCUUAUUUGCUUCAAAUUCAGCCUCACACAAUACGUGGAGGUGCAGAAGUGAGCGAACCCGCAGAGCUUUUGUUCUACAUUCAGGAUAGUGAUGAUGUUUAUGGCCUAAUAACAUUUUUUCCUGUGGAAAACCAGAAGAUUGAAAGCAGCCCAGGUGAACGAUUUUUAUCUUUGAGCUUUGCAAGACAAGGUGGAACUAAAGGCGAUGUGAGGAUGCUUUAUUCUGCACUUUACAUUCCGGCCGGACCCGUGGACCCUUUGCGUGCAACACAUGGCAUCUUAAAUAUAUCCAGGAGGAAUAGUCUCCUCUUCCCUGAGCACACAGCUCAUGUUACUACAAAACUACCAAUUAGAAACGAUGCAUUUCUUCAAAAUGGAGCCCACUUUCUAGUACAGUUGGAGAAUGUGGAAUUGGUGAACAUCAGGCCUCCAAUCCCACCUGUAAGUCCUAGACUUGGAAAAAUUCAAAAUAUUUCUUUACUCAUUACUCCAGACAUUGCAAAUGGAGAAAUUGGUUUUACUAGCAGUCUUCCAAUCAUUUUGCAUGAACCAGAAGAUUCCCUGGCUGAAGUGAUAUACAUUCCUUUACAUCGGGAUGGAACAGAUGGGCAGGCUACUGUCUAUUGGAGUUUAAAGCCCUCUGGCUUUAAUUCAAAAGCAGUGACCCUGGAUGAUAUAGGUCCCUUUAAUGGCUCUGUUGUGUUUUUAUCUGGACAAAGUGACACAACAAUCAACAUUACUGUCAAAGCUGAUGACAUACCAGAAAUGAAUGAAACCGUAACACUUUCUCUAGACAGGGUCAGUGUGGAAAAUCAAGUGCUGAAAUCCGGACAUACUAGUCGGGAUCUAAUUAUUUUGGAAAAUGAUGAUCCUGGGGGAGUUUUUGAGUUUUCUCCGUCUUCUCGAGGACCUUAUGUUAUAAACGAAGGGGAAGCUGUAGAAGUGCACAUCAUCCGAUCCCGGGGGGCUCUUGUAAAGCAGUUUCUACACUACCGCGUGGAGCCAAGAGACAGUAAUGAAUUCUAUGGAAACAUGGGGGUCCUGGAAUUUCAGCCUGGGGAGAGGGAGAUUGUGGUCACCUUGCUAACCAGAUUAGAUGGAAUACCAGAGUUGGAUGAACACUACUGGGUGGUCCUCAGCAGCCAUGGCGAAUGGGGAAGCAAGCUGGGAAGUGCUGCGGUUGUGAACAUCACAAUUCUGAAAAAUGAUGAUCCUCACGGAGCCAUAGGAUUUGUUUCUGAUGGCUUAAUCAUCUUGAUCAAUGAAAGUAAAGACGAAGACACCCACAGUGCUGUUUAUGAUCUGAUAAGAAAUCGAGGUACCUUUGGUGACAUUAGUGUGUCCUGGGUGGUUACUCCAGAUUUUACACAGGAUGUGUUUCCGGUCCAAGGGACUGUGUUCUUUGGAGACCAGGAAUUUUCAAAUAACAUUACCAUCUAUUCCCUACCAGAUGAGAUUCCAGAGGAAAUGGAAGAAUUUACCAUUACCCUACUCAAUGCCACCGGAGGAGCUAAAAUAGGAAAUAAAACAAGUGCAACACUGAGGAUUCGAAGAAAUGAUGACCCUGUUUUUUUUGCAGAACCUCGUGUAGUGAGGGUUCAGGAAGGCGAGGCUGCUUCCUUUACUGUGGUGAGAAAUGGAUCUGUUGAGGUCGCCUGCGCUGUUCAGUAUGCCACCAGCGAUGGCAGUGCAACCGCUAGGGAAGGAGACUAUCUACCUACUGACAAUGGGGCAACCCUUGUGUUUGAUGUUGGAAGAAGAGAGCAGAGCAUAUUGGUUUUUGUCAAUGAAGAUGAUAUCCCAGAAACAGAUGAGGCCUUUUAUAUAAACCUCUUUAAUUCAACAGGUGAUACAGUAGUGUAUCAAUAUGGAGUAGCAACAGUGAUCAUUGAAGCUAAUGAUGAUCCAAAUGGUAUUUUUUCUUUUGAGCCCAUAGACAAAGCAGUGGAAGAAGGAAAGACAAAUGCAUUUUGGAUUUCGAGGCACCGAGGACACUUUGGCAAUGUUUGUGUGGCUUGGCAGGUGUUUCAGAACGACUCUGCUUUGCAGCCUGGACAGGAGUUCUAUGAGACUUCAGGAACAGUUAACUUCAUGGAUGGAGAGGGAGCCAAGCCAAUAAUUCUGCAUGCUUUUGCAGAUAAAAUUCCUGAGUUUAAUGAACUUUAUGUUUUAAAACUUGUGAAUAUAUCAGGUGGCUCCCCAGGUCCUGGGGGCCAACUAGCAGAAACAAAUCUCCAGGUGACUGUAAUGAUUCCGCUUAAUGACGACCCCUUUGGAGUCUUCCUCUUGGAUCCAGAGUGUUUAGAGAGAGAAGUGGCAGAAGAUGUGCCCUCAGAAGAUGAUAUGUCUUACAUAACCAACUUCACUAUUUUGAGGCAACAGGGUGUCUUUGGUGAUGUACGAGUAGGGUGGGAAAUUCUCUCCAGCGAGUUCGUGGCUGGUUUGCCUGCAAUGAUAGACUUUUUACUGGUUGGUCAAUAUCCCAGCACUGUGCGUUUACAACCUCACUUGCGGCGGCCCUAUAGUGGAACGGAUGCGUUGUACUUCAGUGGACGAGAGGGCGCUUUUGGGACAGUUCAUCCUAAAUACCAUCCCUCUAGGAACAACACAAUUGCCAACUUUACCUUUUCAGCUUGGGUAAUGCCUGAGGCCAAUACAAACGGAUUUGUUCUAGCAAAGGAUGGUGGCAAUGGAAACAUCUACUACGGGGUAAAAAUCCACACGAAUGAAUCUCAUGUGACACUUUCCCUUUAUUACAAAACCCUGGGUUCCAACGUUACGUAUAUUGCCAAGGCGACUGCUAGGAAAUAUUUAGAAGAACAUGUUUGGCUUCAUCUUCUAAUCAUCUUGGAUGAUGGCAUACUUGAAUUUUACCUCGAUGGAAAUGCAAUGCCCAGGGGAAUUAAGAGCCUUAAAGGAGAAGCCAUUAUGGACGGUCCUGGCAUGCUGAGAAUUGGGGCAGGGAAGAAUGGCGAUGACAGGUUUACAGGUUUGAUGCAAGAUGUGAGGUCUUACGAGCGGAAACUGACCCCUGAAGAGAUUUAUGAACUUCAUGCCAGGCCUGCAAAGAGUGAUUUACACCCCAUUUCUGGAUAUAUGGAGUUCAGACAAGGAGAAACCAACAAAUCAUUCAUUAUUUCUGCAAGAGAUGACAAUGAAGAGGAAGGAGAAGAAUUGUUCAUUCUUAAACUUGUCUCAGUACAUGGGGGAGCUCGGAUUUCUGAAGAAAAUACUACAGCAAGAUUAAUAAUACAGAAAAGUGACAAUGCCAAUGGCUUAUUUGGUUUCACAGGAACUUGUAUACCAGAGGUACUGAAUAUAUAUGUUCUUGAUGAUGAUAUUCCUGAGCUCAAUGAGUAUUUCCGUGUGACCUUGGUGUCUGCUGUGUCUGGAGAUGGGAAAGUAGGCUCCACUCCUACCAGUGGUGCAAGCCUAGAUCGUGAGAAAGAAACGACAGACAUCACCAUCAAAGCUAGUGACCAUCCAUACGGCUUGCUGCAAUUCUCCACAGGGCUGCCUCCCCAGCCGGAGGCUGUAAUGACCCUGCCUGCGAGCAGCGUUCCGCACAUCACUGUACAGGAGGAAGAUGGAGAGAUCCGGUUGCUGGUUGUCCGUGCCCAAGGACUCUUGGGGAGGGUGAUGGUGGAAUAUAGGACGGUUUCAUUGACAGCAUUCAGUCCAGAGCACUACCAGAGUGUUGCUGGUACCUUAGAAUUUCAACCAGGAGAAAGAUAUAAAUACAUUUGUGUUAACAUCACUGAUAAUUCUAUCCCUGAAUUGGAAAAAUCUUUUAAAGUUGAAUUGUUAAAUUCUGAGGGAGGAGUGGCUGAGCUGUUUAGGGUUGAUGGCAGUGGUAGUGGUGAUGGGGACAUGGAACUCUUCCUCCCAACUAUUCACAAACGCGCUAGUCUAGGAGCGGCUUCCCAAAUCCUAGUGACAAUUGCGGCUUCUGACCAUGCUCACGGUGUCUUUGACUUCAGCCCACAGUCUCUCUUUGUCAGUGGGACUGAACCGGAAGAUGGGCAUAGCACUGUUAUAUUAAAUGUUAUGAGAAGUCAUGGCGCGCUGUCUCAGGUGACUUUGCAUUGGAGCAUAGACUCUGAUCCCGACGGUGAUCUCGCCUCCGCCUCUGGCAACAUCACUUUUGAGAUUGGCCAGACAAGUGCCAACAUCACAGUGGAAAUAUUGCCAGAUGAAGUUCCAGAACUGGAUAAGGCAUUUUCUGUGUCAAUCCUUAAUGUCUCCAGUGGUUCUUUAGGCAUUCACAUUAAUGCCACAUUGACAGUUUGGGCUAGUGAUGAUCCCUAUGGGGUGUUCAUCUUCUCAGAGAAAAAUAGACCAAUCGAAGUUGAGGAAGCAACCCAGAACAUUACAUUGUCUGUAAUAAGGUUGAAAGGCCUCAUGGGAAGAGUCACAGUCAUCUAUGCAACAGUGAAUGACAUGGAGAAACCACCUUACUUUCCACCUAAUUUAGCCAGAGCAACUCAAGGAAGCGACUACAUACCAGCUUCUGGGUUUGUCAUUUUCAGAGCUAACCAGAGUGAGGCAACAAUCACUAUUUCAAUUGUGGAUGACGGUGAACCAGAAAGAUCAGAAUCUGUGUUUAUUGAAUUACUGAACUCUACUUUAAUAGGAAAAGUACAAGAUCGUCCAAUUGCAAAUUCUCCACGCCUUGGGCUCAAAGUAGAAACUAUUGCUCAUCUAAUUAUCUUGGCCAAUGAUGAUGCAUUUGGCACACUUCAGCUUUCAGCGCCAAUAGUUAGAGUGGCAGAAAAUCAUGUUGGACCCAUUGUCAACGUGACCAGAACAGGAGGAGCAUUUGCAGAUGUUUCUGUGAAGUUUAAAGCCAUGCCAAUAACUGCAAUUGCUGGAGAAGAUUACAGUAUAGCUUCAUCGGAUGUGGUCCUGCUGGAAGGGGAAACCAGUAAAGCUGUGCCAGUAUAUAUCAUUAACGACAUUUACCCGGAGCUGGAAGAAUCUUUUCUUGUGCAACUACUGAAUGAAACAACAGGAGGAGCGAGACUAGGGGCAUUAACAGAGGCGGUCAUUAUUAUUGAGGCCUCUGACGACCCCUAUGGGUUAUUUGGUUUUCAGAUUACUAAACUUAUUGUAGAGGAACCUGAGUUUAACUCAGUGAAGGUAAACCUGCUAAUAAUUCGAAAUUCUGGGACACUUGGCAAUGUUACUGUUCAGUGGGUUGCCACCAUUAAUGGACAGCUUGCUACUGGCGACCUGCGAGUUGUCUCAGGUAAUGUGACCUUUGCCCCUGGGGAAACCAUUCAAACCUUGUUGUUAGAGGUCCUGGCUGACGACAUUCCGGAGAUUGAAGAGGUAAUCCAAGUGCAACUAACUGAUGCCUCCGGUGGAGGUACUAUUGGGUUAGAUCAAGUGGCUAAUCUUAUAAUUCCUGCCAAUGAUAACCCUUAUGGUACAGUAGCCUUUGCUCAGUCGGUUUACCGUGUUCAAGAGCCUCUGGAAAGAAGUGCCUGGGCUAACCUUACUGUCAGGAGAAGCGGAGGGCACUUUGGCCGGCUGCAGUUGUUCUACAGUACUUCUGAUAUUGAUGUAGUGGCUCUUGCUGUUGAGGAAGGUCAAGAUGUACUAUCCUACUAUGAACCGCCAAUUCAAGGGAUGCCAGACCCGUUUUGGAGAACGUGGGUGAAUGUCUCUGCAGUAGGGGAACCCCAGGAGACAUGUGCCACUUUGUGCCUCAAAGAGCAUGCUUGCGUGGCAUUUUCAUUGUUCAGUGCUUCAGAGGGCUCUCAAUGCUUUUGGAUGACAUCAUGGACCAGCCCAGCUGGCAACAGCUCAGAUUUCAGGACCUAUAGGAAAAACAUGACCAGGGUAGCCUCUCUUUUUAGUAGUCAGGCUGUGGCUGGUAGUGACUAUGAGCCGGCGACUAGGCACUGGGCCAUAAUGCUGGAAGGCGAUGAAUUUGCAAAUCUCACCGUUUCUAUCCUUCCUGAUGAUUUCCCUGAGACGGACGAGAGUUUCCUGAUUUCCCUUCUUGAAGUUCACCUUAUGAACCGCACAGCCAGCUUUAACAACCAGCCAAUCAUAGGACAGCCAAAUACUUCCACAGUUGUCAUCGCAUUAAAUGGUGAUGCCUUUGGGGUGUUUGUCAUCUACAGUAUAAGUCCCAACACAUCAGAAGAUGGCUCAUAUGUAGAAGUUCAGGAGCAGCCACAAACCACAGUGGAAAUGAUGAUCCACAGGACAGGGGGCAGCUUAGGCCAAGUGACGGUCGAAUGGCGUGUUGUUGAUGGAACGGCUACUGAAGGUCUAGAUUUUAUUGGUGCCGGGGACAUUCUGACUUUUGCAGAAGGUGAAACCAAGAAGACAGCUAUUUUGAUCAUUGUGGAUGAUGCUGAGCCCGAGGGGGACGAGAGCAUCAUAGUGAGCCUGGUGCACACCGAAGGUGGGAGUAGAGUCGCGCCCAGCUCCAACACUCUUAGAGUGAACAUCUUGGCUAAUGAUAACGUGGCAGGACUUGUUAGCUUUCAGACAGCCUCCAGAUCUGUCAUCGGUCAUGAAGGAGAAAUUUUGCUGUUCCAUGUGUUAAGAACACCCCCUGGUCGAGGAAAUGUUACUAUUAAUUGGAAAAUUAUUGGACAAAAUCUAGAACUCAAUUUUGCUAACUUUACUGGACAACUCUUCUUUUCUGAGGGGUCUUUGAAUCAAACGAUACGUGUGCAUUUGUUGGAUGACAACAUUCCUGAGGAGAAAGAAGUAUACCAAGUCAUUCUGUAUGACGUCAGGACACAAGGAAUUCCACCAGCAGGAAUGGCUUUGCUUGAUGCUCAAGGAUACGCAGCUGUGCUCACAGUGGAAGCCAGUGAUGAACCACAUGGAGUUUUGAAUUUUGCUCUUUCAUCAAGGUUCAUUUUAGUAGAAGAGGCUAACACAACUAUCCAGCUUUUCAUCAACAGGGAAUUUGGAUCUUUAGGAGUUAUCAAUGUCACGUAUACCACAGUUCCUGGAAUGUUGAGUCUGAAAAAUCAAACGGAAGGAAAUAUAGCAGAGCCAGACGUGGAUUUUGUGCCUGUCGUUGGCUUCCUGAUUUUAGAAGAAGGGGAAACAUCAGCAGCCAUCAACAUUACCAUACUUGAGGAUGAUGUGCCAGAGCUGGAAGAAUAUUUCUUGGUGAAUUUAACUUACGUUGAACUUGCCAUGGCUCCUUUCACUUCAUUCCCUCCGAGACUGGAUACAGAAGGCUUGACUUCACAGAUUGUUAUUGAUGCCAAUGAUGGUGCCAGAGGGAUUGUUGAAUGGCAGCAUGGCAGGUUUGAAGUAAAUGAAACCCAGGGAAGUUUAACCCUGGUCGCCCAGAGGAGCAGAGGAACGCUUGGCCACGUGUCACUGUUUGUGUACGCACAGAAUUUGGAAGCACAGCUGGGGCUGGAUUAUAUCUUCGCCCCAAUGAUUCUUCAUUUUGCUGAUGGAGAAAGGUAUAAGAAUGUUGACAUUAUGAUUCUGGAUGAUGACAUUCCAGAAGGAGAUGAAAAUUUUCAGCUGAUUUUAACAAAUCCUUCUCCUGGCCUAGAACUGGGUGCAAAUACAAUAGCCUUGAUGACUGUCCUUGCUAAUGAUGAUGGUCCUGGAGUUUUAUCAUUUAACAACAGUGAGCACUUUUUCUUAAGAGAACCAACAGCCGUCUAUGUACAAGAGAGUGUUGCCAUAUUGUACGUUGUUCGAGAACCAUCACAAGGGCUCUUUGGAACUGUGACAACGCAGUUCAUUGUGACAGAAGUGAAUUCUUCAAUUGAAUCGAAAGAUCUGACCCCUUCUAAAGGCUACAUUGUUUUAGAAGAAGGUGUUCGACUCAAGGCCCUACACAUAUCUGCCAUAUUAGACACAGAACCAGAAAUGGAUGAGCAUUUUGUUUGUACCUUGUUUAACCCAACUGGAGGUGCUCGACUGGGGGCACCUGUUCAAACCCGGAUAACAGUUUUACAAAACCAGGCCCCGCUAGGACUAUUCAGUAUCUCAGCAGUUGAAAAUAGGGCUACCUCUAUCGCCAUCGAAGAAGCGAACCGGCCUCUUUUUUUGAACGUGUCACGCGCUAAUGGCAUUGAGUUGGCUGUGAGUGUGGAGUGGGAGACAGUAUCUGAAACAGCCUUCGGCAUGCGGGGGAUGGAUAUUGUUCUUUCCAUAUUUCAAAGUUUUUUUAAUGAAUCAGCUUCUGCUUGGUGUUUCUUUACUUUGGAAGAUUCAGUAUAUGGUAUAAUGCUGAGAAGAUCAUCUAUGGGAUUUUCUACUGUCUACCGAUGGCAAGGGCUAUUUGUCCCAGUUGAGGACCUAACUAUCGAAUACCCUAAGACUUGUGAGAUCUUUAACAUAGGUCCUUCUCCCUACUUUGUUAUUACACAUGAAGAAAUAAAUCAAGAAAAGUCUUAUGUUAACAGUGUGUAUACAUUCACAUCUGGAUUCAAAUUACUACUGGUACAAACAAUCAUUUUAUCAGAAAGUUCCCAAGUAAAAUUUUUUACUUCAGAUAGUCAAAAUUACUUAAUUGUUGCAAGUCAACAAGAUGAUUCUGAAUUAACUCAGGUCUUCAGGUGGAAUGGAAGAAACUUCGUGUUUCAUCAAACACUCCCUGUGCGAGGUGUGCUGAGCAUGGCAUUGUUCAAGAGAGGAGGCUCUGUCUUCUUAGCUGUCUCCCAGGCUAAUGCCAGGCUAAAUGCCCUUUUGUUCAGAUGGUCUGAUGGUGGGUUUAUUAACUUUCUUGACGUUCCGGUCAGUGGGACAGCGCAAGUUGAGGCUUUGGCUUCGGGCGAUGAUGUUUACCUAAUUUUUGCCAAAAAUACUUUGCUAGGAGCCAAGAAUUCAACUGAUGUUUUCAUCUGGGAGACAGGGCAGUCUGCUUUCCGCUAUUUCCAGUCUCUGGACUUUGCUCCUGCUCACCAGAUCCACGCCUUUACCCCGGCCUCAGGAAUAGUCCACAUACUUCUCCUUGGCCGAGACGGGUCUGCUCUUUAUUGCUGGAACUCAGAGCUGAGUCAGUUCUCUUUCGUUCUGGGAGCCCCAUCCGCUCAGGCUGCAGCGUCUGUGACAGUGAAGUCCCUUAAUGCAAGCAAGAGCUUAAUUACGUUAGCAGGAGCGCCCCACUCCCACAUGUAUGAGCUGACCUACAUCUCCAGGCAGUCGGACUUCAUUCCUAGUUCAGGUGAGCUGAUAUUUGAACCAGGAGACAAAGAAGCUGUAAUAGUGGUAAAUAUCCUUGACGAUGUGCUUCCAGAAGAAGAAGAGUCCUUCAGAGUUCAGCUUAAAAAUCCCAAAGGAGGAGCAGAGAUUGGUAUUGAUAGCUACGUGAAGAUAACUAUUAACUCCAAUGAUGAUGCCUAUGGAAUUAUUGCUUUUGCUCAGAUUUCAUUUUCCGAAGGGCAGGCACUAUCAACAAUCACUUUGGCUGUUCUCGCUGAUGACUUACCAGAGUUAUCAAAGGGUGUGAUUGUAUCACUCACCAGCAUUAUCACAGAAGGGAUCAAGGACCUAUCAAGAGGUGCUACUAUUGACCAGAAAAGGAACAAGUCUCUGAUAACUAUUCUAUCCAAUGACUCACCCUAUGGCUCGGUGGGUUGGCAUGCUGAGUCUCUCAUUGUCAGAGUAGCUGAGCCAAAAGAGAACAUCACCCUUCUUCAGUUACAAAUUGUUCGAGAUAAAGGAUUAUUUGGAGACAUUGUCAUUCAUUUGGUAGCUAAACCCAAUUUCCUAUUGCACAUCAAUCAUCAAGCUACUGAAAGUGAAGAUUAUAUGCUACAAGAAACAAUGAUCAUAAUGAAAGAAAACCUGCAGGAGACCCAUGCCCAGGUUGCCAUCUUGCCGGAUGAUGUUCCUGAGCUGGAAGAAGGAUUUAUUGUCAAUAUCACCCACGUGCACCUGUUGAACACUGACUUCUCUGCAACACAGCCCACUGUGUGCAGACCUGGAAUGGAAAUAGCUGAAAUAAUGAUCGAAGAAAAUGAUGAUCCCAGAGGAAUUUUUAAGUUUCAUAUUUCCAGAGAUGCUGGUGGAGUUGUUACUGCUUAUGAGGCACCUCCACCCUUGAACGUUCUGCAAGUUCCUGUGGUACGGCUAGCUGGAAGCUUUGGGAAAGUGAAUGUCUAUUGGGAAGUUAUAUCAGACAGCGCGGGCCUGGAAGACUUUAUGCCAUCUCAGGGGAUUCUUGAAUUUUCAGAUGGACAAAUUACUGCCAUCAUAGAAAUCACCAUAAUUGAUGAUCCUGACUUUGAAUUCAUGGAGAUGUUCAAUAUUUCCUUAGUCAAAGUAGCUGGAGGUGGCAGACUUGGUGACGACGUUGUGAUGACUGUUGUUAUUCCACAGAAUGAUUCUCCGUUUGGGGUCUUUGGGUUUGAAGAAAAGACUGUCACAGUUGAUGAAUCCCCAUUGUCUGAUGAUGCUGAUUCUUACGUGACAUUAACGGUUGUCCGGUCUCCAGGAGGACAGGGGGCGGUCCGACUUCGUUGGGCCGUAGAGGAGAAGGCUAAAGAUGAUCUCAGUCCUUUGAAUGGGACACUUCAAUUUGAAGAGACUGAGUCCCAGAAGACCAUUGUAUUACACGCACUUCAAGAUGCUGUGUUGGAAGGGGACAAGCAUUUCAUAAUACAGCUGAUAUCAAUCGAAGUGGUUCGCCUCGUCUUUGUCUUAGGGAGUGCAUCCAUCAUCAUUCGGGGAGAUAAGGGAGUGUCCGGAGAAGUUGGGAUAGCACCUUCAUCGACACAUGUUCUCAUCGGAGAGCCCUCAGCAAAAUAUAAUGGCACCGCUAUCAUCAGCCUUAUUCGUGGCCCAGGGAUUUGGGGAGAGGUCACCGUGUACUGGAGAAUAUCCCCUCCUUCAAAGGGGGAGUUUGUGGAAACCUCUGGGGAACUUACCAUGCGCGAUGGUCAGUCUGCAGCCGUUGUAAUAAUACAGACUUUGAAUGAUGAUAUUCCCGAAGAAAAGCGCUUCUUUGAGUUUCAGCUCACUGGAAUCAGUGAGGGAGGAAUGCUGCGCGAAGCCAGCAGAACCGCCAAUAUCACCGUGGUGAACGUGACAGUCAAGCGGUGGAGCGGCGCGCUGGGCCUGGUGCGGCUCUGGUUCGAGACUGCGGGCGGAAGCGCCGAGGCCGGCCUGGACUUCACGCCGGCCGCCGGGGAGCUCCUCUUCGAACCCGGGGAGACGGCCAAAAGCCUGCUGAUCGAAAUACUGAACGACGACUUGCCGGAGGGCCCCGAAGAGUUUUCUCUAGCACUUACGAAGGUGGAACUCCAGGGAAGCGGGUAUGACUUCACUGUCCGAGAAAAUGGACUUCAGAUAGAUCAACCUCCUGAAGUAGGAAACAUCUCCACUCUUCUCAUCAUAAUCAUGAAAAAUGAUAACGCAGAGGGCGUUAUUGAAUUUGACCCAAGGUACACGGCUUUUGAAGUGGAGGAAGAUGUUGGGCUGCUCCUCAUCCCAGUGGUGAGACUGCGAGGGACGUACGGCCUCGUGACAGCCGAUUUCAUCUCCCAGAGCUCCGCUGCCAUUCCUGGUGCCGACUAUGUGCUGCAUGGAAGCACGGUUACCUUCCAGCACGGGCAGAGCUUAAGUUUUAUAAAUGUCUCCAUCAUCGAUGACAAGGAAAGUGAAUUUGAGGAGCCAAUUGAAAUAUUGCUCACUGGCGCUACUGGUGGAGCGGUCCUUGGGCGCCACCUAGUGAGCAGAAUCACAAUCGCCAAGAGUGACUCUCCCUUUGGGGUUGUACGAUUUCUCAACCAAAGCAAACUUUCUGUCCCUAACCCCAAUUCUACAAUGAUGUUAUCCUUGGUACUGGAGCGGGUUGGAGGACUCUUGGGAGAGAUCCAGGUGGACUGGGAGAUACAAGGACCCAAUUCUCAGAACGUGCUUCCACCUCAGAACGGUGACAUCGCAGACCCAGUGAGAGGGUCCUUCUCCUUUGAAGACGGAGAAGGAGGAUUGAGGACCAUCAUUCUGACCAUACAUCCUUAUGAGGAUAUUGAGGUUGAAGAAACUUUCCUUAUUCAACUUAAACUUGUUAAAGGAGAAGCUCAAUUAGACUCCAGAGCCAGAGAUAUUACAUUAACAGUACAAAAAAUUGGCGAUCCAAAUGGAGUUAUUCAGUUUGCUCCUGAGUCUUUAUCUGAGAAGACCUAUUCAGAACCACUCGCGUCGGAAGGGCCCCUGAGCAUUGCUUUCUUCGUCCACAGAGUGAAGGGCACUGUCGGAGAGAUUACGGUUUACUGGGAAUUAAGUAGUGAGUUUGAUAUUGCAGGAGACUUUCUUUCCACAAAAGGCUUUUUUUCCAUUGCUGAUGGAGAGAGUGAAGUGAGGUUUGAGGUCCAUUUGCUGCCAGAUGACACUCCUGAGAUUGAGGAACACUAUGUGGUGCAGCUCGUUUCUGCAGAGGGAGGAGCAGGCCUGGAUCCGGAUAAAUGCAUCACCAGAUUCUCUGUUUCUGCCAACGAGGACCCACAUGGCGUAUUUGCCCUGUACCCCCAACACCAGGCAUUACUCAUUGGACCGAACCUGAGUAGAUAUCUCCAGAUUAACAUAACCAGGCUUGCUGGGACAUUUGGAGAGGUUGCUGUUGGAUUCGGAGUAUCGUCAGACCACAAGGAACAGUCGAUUGCUACUGCAAAUGCAGAGAGGCAGCUGGUGGUGGAAGAUGGUGCCAGAUAUAAAGUGGACACAGUACCAAUUAAGAAUCAGUUGACCUCUGGAUUGGCUUUAGCUGCUGAUAUUGAGCUUCUCCAUUUUUCCUUCCACAGAUGUGGACAAUUUUAUUUCUUUGUAUCCCAUCUGGGGAAGUUCAUGUUCACAGAUGACUUUUGUGUGGUUGAAAAGGUUGGAUUUGAGUCGACUGCUUUUCAGCUCACGGACAUCCCUGCUGGGAGCAGCCGGGUGGUGGUUUCCAGGCGAGGCACGUACGGCUCUCUCACGGUUGCCUGGACCGCCGGAUAUGCUCCGGGAUCAGAAAUUCCCGAAUUUACUGUCGUCGGCAACAUGACUCCCAAACUGGGGAGCCUCUCAUUUUCGCACGGGGAACACAGUAAAGAAGUCGUGUUGUGGACAGUCCCCAGCCCAGGUCGACCAGAGGCCUUUGCUGUUCACCUAUCUGGCAUGGAGAGCAGUGCCCCCGGAGGAGCUCAACUUCGAUCUGGAUUUACGGUGGCUGAAAUUGAACCAAUGGGAGUGUUUCAGUUCUCUCCUAGUUCAAGAAAUGUCAUUGUGUCUGAGGAAAUACGGAUGAUCAGACUGCAUGUACAGAGGCUGUUUGGGUUCCACAGUGAUCUCAUUAAAGUUCUCUAUCAAACGACUGCAGGAAGUGCGAAGCCAAUGGAAGACUUUGAGCCUGUUCAACACGGGGAACUGAUUUUUAAAAAAUUCCAAACUGAGGUGGAUUUUGAAAUAAUUAUUAUUAACGACCAGCUUCCUGAGGUAGAGGAAAUGUUUUAUAUCAAUUUAACAUCAGUAGAAAUUAGCGGACUCGAAAAGUUUGAUGCCAAUUGGAGACCACGAUUGAAUCUGGAUUUCAGUGUGGCAACGAUCACAAUAUUGGAUAAUGAUGGGCUAGUGGAAAUGGAUGUUUCUUAUCCCAAGACAACUGUGAUGGUUGCAGUUGACACAGCUCUUGUUCCUGCAGCUACUGACUCCACCACAUCCCCUGACCACCAGGGGAUAACUGCUGUUCCACAGCCAACAGAAAUCGCUGCUAUUGUUACUGAAGCAACUGGUAUACCUGCCACACCUGAAAAUAUCGUCACACUUUCGGGGACAGCCACACCGUCUGAGAAGCCUGCUGUGGACAUCGUAACUGCGGAUAUUUUUAUUCCUGGAGCAUUUAGCGUAGGUCCACGUGUUAUUUACAUUGAAGAGGACAUGAAGAAUGGCACACUCAACGUCGCUGAAGUUCUUAUUCGAAGGACUGGUGGAUUUGCUGGCAAUGUCAGUGUAAUAGUUAAGACAUUUGGAGAAAGAUGUGCUCAGGAAGAACCAAAUGCAUGGCCCUUACCUGAUGUCUAUGGGAUUUCCACCCUGACAUGGGCAAGGAACGAUCUUCAGAAUGGCAUUGUAGGAUUCAGUGAGGAGUCCCAGAGUGAACCAGAACUGGGUGCAGAAGCUGCUAAGAGAAGACUGAUUCUCACUGUCAUAAGAGAGCCAAACAGGUGUGUACAUAUACCUCAAGUUGAAGUAAAUUUUUUUGUGGAGAUUUAUGAAGUGACUGCCGGAGCAGCAAUAAACAACAGUGCCAGAUUUGCUCAGAUUAAAAUCUUACAGGGUGAUGCGCCUCAAAGCCUGGUAUACUUUUCUAUGGGUUCUCGGCUGGCAGUGGCUCAUAAGAAAUCCACUUUUAUCAGUUUUCAGGUGGCCAGAGAUUCUGGGCUAACACUAAAUGUGUCUGUUAAUUACAGUACCCAGGAGUUGAGGAGUGCUGAAACCCUUGGCCGUACUCUCCUAUCUCCAGCUAUUUCUGGGGAGGAUUUUGUGAGAACUGAGGGCACAUUGGUAUUUGAACCUGGCCAGAGACACACGGUAGUGGACGUCAUCCUAACUCCAGACGCGGCAUCUUUAAAUCCCUAUCCUAAACGCUUCCAGAUUGUGCUUUUCGACCCAAAAGGUGGGGCCCGAAUUGAUAAAGUCUAUGGGACUGCCAACCUCACUCUGGUCUCGGACUCGGCUUCUCAGGCUGUCUGGGGCCUUGCGGAGCAGCUGCAUCAGCCCCUGGACAGUGACAUUCUCAACAGAGUGCUCCGCAGCAUUGGUACGAACGUGGCCACGGAGAACACAGAGGAGCAGCUCAGUGCCGUCGUGCAUUUGGUAGACAAGAUAACUGUUGAAGGAAAACAUCAAGCAUUCAGUAUUGAAAGCCGAAAUCUCUUCUAUGAAAUUCUUUGUGCUCUUAUUAACCCAAAGCGCAAGGAUACGAGGGGAUUCAGCCAAUUUACUGAAGUAACUGAGAAGUUUGCUUUUUCUCUCCUAACUGAUGUUACCUGUGGCUCUCCUGGUGAAAAAAGUAAAACCAUCCUUGACAGUUGUCCAUAUUUGUCAAUACUGGCUCUUCACUGGUAUCCUCAGCAAAUCAAUGGGCACAAGUUUGAAGGAAAGGAAGGUGAUUAUGUUCGAGUUCCUGAGAGGUUGUUGGAUGUCCCGGACACAGAAGGACUGGCUGGGCAGAGCACAUGUCAAUUUGUCCAGUUCACAGAGUACAGCAGCCAGCAGUGGUUUACAUCCGGAAGCGAUCUGCCCACCCUGAGAGAUAAGGUACUAUCAUUGAGUGUGAAAGGUCAAAGUUCACAACCCCUGAUUAACAACAAUGAGGUUCUCUACAGAAUUUAUGCUGCUGAGCCUAGAAUUGUUUCACAGACGUCCCUGUGUCUCCUUUGGAAUCAGGCUGCUGCAAGCUGGAUCUCUGACAGCGGGUUUUGCAAGGUGGUGGAAGAUACUUCAGACUAUGUGGAAUGCGCCUGUUCUCACAUGUCCGCGUACGCUGUUUACGCCCAGACCGACAGCUUAUCUCCAUACAAUGAAGCCUUCUUCUCCUCUGGGUUCAUAUGUACCUCAGGUCUGUGCCUGGCACUUCUUUCCCACAUCCUCUGUGCCCGAUACUCCAUGUUCGCCGCUAAGCUUCUGACACACAUGAUGGCAGCCAGCUUAGGGACCCAGAUUGUCUUUCUGGCAUCUGCUUAUGCAAGUCCCCAACUGCCUGAUGAGAGCUGCUCGGCCAUGGCUGCUGUCGCCCAUUACCUCUAUCUCUGCCAGUUUAGUUGGAUGCUCGUUCAGUCCGUGAAUUUCUGGUAUGUUCUGGUGAUGAACGAUGAGCACACCGAGCGGCGGUAUCUGCUGUUUUUCCUCCUGAGUUGGGGACUUCCAGCUUUUGUUGUGGCCCUCCUCAUCGUCAUCCUGAAGGGACUCUAUCGUCAGAGCAUGCCGCAGAUCUAUGGACUCAUCCACGGGGACCUAUGUUUUAUCCCCAACAUCUAUGCAGCGCUGUUCACUGCGGCCCUGGUGCCCCUGAUGUGCCUCGUGGUGGUGUUUGUGGUGUUCAUCCACGCCUACCAGGUGAAGCCACAGUGGACCGCGUACGACGAUGUCUUCAGAGGACGAACGAAUGCUGCAGAAAUCCCUCUGGUUUUAUAUCUCUUUGCCCUGAUCUCCAUGACAUGGCUCUGGGGAGGACUUCACAUGGCCUACAGACACUUCUGGAUGUUGGUCCUCUUUGUCAUUUUCAACAGUCUGCAGGGGCUUUACGUUUUUGUGGUCUACUUCAUCCUACACAACCAGAUGUGCUGCCCCAUGAAGGCCAGCUACACCGUGGAAAUGAAUGGGCACCCCGGGCCCAGCACGGCCUUCUUCACACCUGGAAGCGGCAUGCCUCCUGCUGGAGGCGAAAUCAGCAAGUCCACCCAGAAUCUGAUCGGUGCUAUGGAAGAGGUACCACCUGACUGGGAGAGGGCAUCCUUCCAGCAGGCCACUCAGGCCAGCCCUGACUUAAAGCCAAGUCCACAAAACGGCUCCACAUUUCCCUCCUCUGGAGGAUACAGCCAGGGGUCACUGAUAGCAGAUGAGGAAUCACAGGAGUUUGAUGACUUAAUAUUUGCUUUAAAAACUGGUGCAGGGCUCAGUGUCAGUGAUAAUGAAUCUGGUCAAGGUAGCCAAGAGGGAGGCACCUUGACUGACUCCCAGAUCGUAGAACUCAGGAGGAUACCCAUCGCAGACACCCACCUCUAGCUCCUCAGUAACCAUCAGAAUGAGGACAGUACCGUGUCUCUGUUGUUUUUGUUUUGUUUUUGUUUGGGGUGGGCGGACUGUAUAGGCCCAUACAGCCGUGUAAUAGGCUCUGGGGAUUGUACUGGAUGGGCGAUCCAGCAGUGACUGCUUUCACUAUAGAUGAGGUAAUUGUUGUGCAACUAGAAAAACCCCUGCUAUGAUGAAAGAUUGCAUUGAUUUUUGCAUUUAAUAGGAUGUACAUAUUAUAAAAGUGUUAGUUAUUUUUUAAUCACUUGCAUGGCUAACAAUGUUUA